CUAAUUUUUUUUUGCUUAAUAUUCCUUUAAAAAUAACAUUUUAAUAAUCUUUUUUAUUAGUAAUAGUAGUGUUGUCAUUAGAUUAAUUAAUAUUUAUAUCAAACUAUUUUUUUUUUUCCAUCUGCAUUUUGGGCCCCACGUCAGUCGAUGGGUACCGUCGUACGAUUGGUUGCCUUCGUUCUUCAAAAUAUCUUCUUUUUUUGCGUUCUACGGAUUAAAUAAACGGGUUUGAAACGCCGCGAAGGCGAUUUUCGUUUUGGGAUGAACUGUCCCUUUAACGGUCCUAAAACACUCUCCGUUAUUAUGCAAAUGUAAUUUCUUCGUCGUUUUGGGUGAAAUGAGACGUGUCUCUGGAGCCUGACCCAUCCCCGCCAGGCCUGCUCCGGUCUGAAGGUGUUUCUUACAGCAGUAGUGACUUCAGGGAGUCUUGAAGGGCUUACGGGAGCAGGAGUGGUUCACACCCUUCACCUUUGACCUUUCAUCGAGUGGUGCCGUUUCGUGCAGGUGGUUUGGUGUUGUCGUGAUGCAGCUGUUGACCUCUUUUCUUUCUGGUCGUUCCCUCUUAAGGAGACUCCGAGUAAUGAUUUCUAACGCUGUGCUGCUGGACGGAGGCUUUUGUCGUCUUUUGAGCGAAGCCGUGCAGGGAUUUGGUUUUUGAAUAUAAGCUGUAAACAUAAAGCAAUAUUUACAUCUCUGAUCUACGGGACAGAGCUGACAGCCAAUUAACGCGAAGGGUUAAACCGACUUUCCUGUCCGUUUUAUUUAACCCGUUAGAUUCUAAUCUAUUUUUUGUCGUUCGUUUUACUUAUGCCCUUGAUAGUCGUUUCCGCUCUGGACUGCAUAAGUAACGUAAUUACCAAUGUAAUGCAUUUAUGUAAUUAAUCUUCUGUAAUUUCCAGACCUUGCUGAUUUUUGACUGUUGAAACUGUAAUAAAUAUAUUUGUACAAAGAUCGUGAUGCCUAAUUCCAGCUUCUGUGUGGUGUUUUCGCAGCGCAGUAGUUUCUGCCCACUAGAUGGAGACAUUGGACACGAGUCAGGCGCUUCACUCACACACUUUCACGAAGCAUGUAGGAGGUGAGCUCUGCCAAAAACGGUGUUACUAUGCAAUCCCCCGUCCGCUCACCAAUAGAACAACAGAAUGCGUAAUGAAGAGAGGAGUUUCAGAGGAGGAGGGGUCUCCGAGCGUAAAUGCGCAGCCGAGCGUGAAAGAGCCGGAGGGACAAAGACGAGCAGCAUGCAACAGGACUCCGAGAGCAGAGAACGCGCUCCAAACAACAUGCAAACGCUGAAGGAUUCUUGAGGAUAUGCUUUAGAAAUGCGCGGCCGGAGAGCAGCGAACAGAACACAACUUGGGGAGUAAACGCAUGCUUCUCUGUGACGCACCAUGCCGUGCUUUCACGGAUCCAUGCAAGCAUGCACCUAAUCUGAGCUGGCAGGGAAAAAUGAAGAGAUGCAUCCUUCCCGUCGCGUUCCUCUCGCUGGCGAUGAUGCUGGACGCGCAGAUGGUUUGCUGGCAGGCGCUGAUGCGAUGCCACGAAGAACGCGAUUGCGAGCUGGCGUAUAACCAGUAUUUGGCGGCGUGCGACGGGAUCAUCCGCGGGAGUAGACGCCAGUGUCCGAGCCACUGCAUCAGCGCCCUCAUCCGCCUCAACCAGACCGCAAACGGCCCGUUUCUGGAGACCUGCGACUGCGGGAUGGACCACGAGUGCUUCAGAGCCAAACGGGCCGUGGAGCCCUGUCUGCCGCGGACGCAUCCGGGCGGCGCCGAUGGGAUCGGGUGCACCGAGGCGCGCCAGCGGUGCGAAGACGAGCCCGGCUGUCAGUCAUCGCUCACCGCCUACCUGUCCCACUGCGGUCAGCUGUUCAACGGGAGGAAGUGUUCGUCUCGGUGCAAGUCCACCAUCGAGGAGCUGCUCUUCAUGCCCAGCGGAGUGCUGCUCAAUCAGUGCGUCUGCGACGGUCUGGAGAGGCCCUUUUGUGAGGUGGUCAAACAGAACAUGGUCAAACUGUGCUCGAUGGGAGACCACGGCGCGCCGGCGGACCACGACGCGCUGGACGACGCGUACGAGGACGAGGACUACGAGGCCAGGCCCACGGAUGCUGAUGCGGUGAUGUCGUUCACGAGCGCUUCGGCUCGUUCUCAGCACGUGGUUUUGCCGUGCAUCGCGUUUGCUCUGGCACUCACGCUUUGGAGUUGCUGACUUUGGUGACCCCCGGAGCACAAAACCAGUCGUGAGGCUCGCCGUUUGAACGUCCGUUUGUUAGGACGGGAGUAUAUUUGGAGGCGAUGCAACUAUUUAAAAAACUGGAAUGUGAGGGUGCAACAAAAUCGAAAUAUUGAGAAAGUCACAUUUAAAGUUGAAGUUCUUAGCAAGGCGUAUUAAUAAUCCAGCUCGUUAGGAUAGGACAGGAUUCGGCUGCGAUGCAGCUAUUUGAAAAAAUCUGGAAUCUUAGGGUGCAAAAUAAAAUCUAAAUGCUGAGAAAGUUUGACGUUUUGAGGCUGACGGGCAACUUUUGGAUCACUGUUGCAGUAAACGCUCAAUCAACAGUUAUCUAAAUGAUCCAGAUAGACAUUUGCUACCCGUUCUUGAUUGAAAAGUGCUCAAGCGACAUUGUAUCAUCAGCCUUAGAAAUGCAUAAAACUAAUCAAAAAUAAAGCUGCGAUAUAUUUUCGGUAGGAAAGUAUGGCACAUGAUCUUUCCUUAAUGUCCUAACCGUUUUUUGCCAUUUUGACCCACACUGCUGUGCUACUCAUGACUGCUUCUGUGCUCCAGAAACGCAUUUGUCCGUCCUGAAGCAUCAUCUCUCAUUAGUUCACGAAGCCGGACUUGAAGUGUCUCGAGGCAAACAGUGGACGCACGUCGAGGGCUUGCACAGCGGACGCUCAUUGUACUCGCAUCUUACUUCAAAUAUUUGCAGUGCGCGGGCACAUAAAGGAGCCGGUUCGGGGAUCAAGUGCUUCAUUUAGGUGGAGAGGCCCUUCAGAAGCUGUUAAACGCUCUCGUUCUCUCUCACACUUGUGUUUCAUUGGUUUGACCUCGUCCUCUGAACUAUCAGGUCUUGGAUAUGAGCGUUUGACAGCAUGCACGCCAUUACAUUCGACUCGAGUAUCUCUAUUGUUCAUGUAUGCUGGAAAUCAACACCAAGUGCCUGACGACUGUCUGUAUUUUCGGGUUUUCAGUAACGCUUUACUUAAAGCCUUUAAAUGAUAAUGCAUUGUAAGUUUCAAUUAAAUUUCAAUGCAUGCAUUAAGCCUUGAAAUGCACACAGAGCAUGCACUGUAUGUUCUCUUGAAGAAACUGCGGUUAUAAACACAUUCACACACACCUUCAGAGAUUACAGUGCAUUUUAACUCUGGUUGUAUUUAUGAAAUACAGUGUACAUUAUGACUACCUUUGUAAUGCAUUAUCCCACAAGGCUUUAAGUAAAAGGUUACAGAUUUUCCAUUUUUGCAUAUAAUGAAUUAUUAGUAGCAGAAGCACACUCUACGCAAGUAUAUGAACACCAACGUAAACACAUCCUCAGUGAUGCUCUUCUAUGGUGAGUCUUCUCUUUUCGGUCAUUGCUUUGAAGAGAAUCUCGCAUAAUUAAGAUAAUCAAGCAGUCGAUGAUCGUGGUAGCUACUUGAAAGCUGAAUGAAACCUUGCGUAGAGUGUUUCUGGUUUAAUAUUCCUCGAACUUCUCAAAGGGUCUUGAAGUUUGUACAGAAAAAGAAUUUAUUUAUACAUUUUUUUGGAAUAAUUAAGAAAAUAAAAGUCAUGCUGAAAUGUAA